AUCUUCCCAUUUAUUCCUCCUCGUUCAGGUCUCGAGCGAUAGAUCCCGAAACCCCUUGACUAAACCCUAACCCUGUGUGAGCUCUUUGGUCGCUCCUUUCUUUCGAUUGAAACUCUGCUGUUCUAGUUAGUUUCUGUGCUUCAACAUGAGUAAGCCAAUGGAGGAGGAUGCAACUGGUGGCAAGACUGAGGAAGAGGAGUUCAACACUGGGCCACUUUCCGUGUUGAUGAUGAGUGUUAAGAAUAACACCCAGGUGCUAAUAAACUGCAGAAACAACAGGAAGCUUCUCGGUCGUGUGAGGGCUUUUGAUCGGCACUGUAAUAUGGUUCUUGAAAACGUUAGGGAGAUGUGGACUGAGGUGCCAAAAACUGGGAAAGGCAAAAAGAAAGCUCUUCCAGUCAACAAGGAUAGGUUCAUCAGUAAGAUGUUUCUCCGCGGAGAUUCUGUUAUCAUCGUGCUUAGGAAUCCAAAGUGAUAUGUAAUGGUGUCAAUGAUGUUUUGGGCACGAAGGAAACACAAACUACCUUCCUGCAUUUUGUGAGAGAAAUGUCUGCAUAGUAUCAGAUAUUGGUUCGUUUUUAGUAGUUGUUUUGGGAAGUUUCUUUCUACUGUGUUUUAUAUUUUUUGUU